AUGCCGUCCCGAGUAAGUGGCAACGCCAUCAGCGUCACCUCGGCUUCGGACCCACUCCUGCUUCGCUCGAGGAAAGUCGAAGAGUCCGACCUGCGCUACCGUCCUACCGGUAAGGGCUUUCGAGCCAAGAAGAGUCUCCAGACAUUCUACGAGGCUCAGAACAACCACAUCGAGAACCUACUCAAACCUCUCCACGCACACGGUGAAGACGACGCCGAAGAUCGAGCCAACAAUGCCAUCCAGGUCAAGUUUGCCAUCUAUGGUUCCUUUGCGGCCAACUGCAUCCUCGCCAUCCUCCAGCUAUACGCCGCCAUCUCGUCUCUGUCCCUCUCGCUAUUCGCCACAGCAGCUGAUAGUGUCUUCGACCCCUUUGCCAACCUGGCUCUUUUGCUGUUGCACAAGAAGUCGGGGAAAGUAGAUGAGAGGAAGUGGCCUGCUGGUGGAAGUCGCUUCGAGAACGUGGCAAAUUGCGUGUAUGCCUUCCUGAUGGGCUGUGUCUCCAUCGUGCUCAUCGUGGAGAGUAUCCGCGACUUGGCAACAAACAACGAGGACAAGACGUUCAACGUUGCCUCACUCGUCGCCGUGGGAGUGGCAUUUGCCGUAAAGCUAGCCCUCUUCCUCUACUGCACAGCCUAUCGUCGCUUCAGUUCACAAAUCGAAGUCCUGGCCAUCGACCACCGCAACGACCUGGGCAUCAACGGACUGGGAAUCCUCACGUCUGCCCUCGGAUCGAAAGUCGUCUGGUGGCUAGACCCAGUAGGAGCCAUGGUCAUCUCCGUCAUCAUCGUCACCGUCUGGUCAUUCACUGCUGCUGAGAACUUCUCCCAAUUGGCAGGAAAGGGUGCACCACCUGAUUUCCUGCAGCUCAUCACGUACAAUGUCAUGCUCUUCCAUGAGCAGAUUGAGAAGAUCGACAGUGUCAAGGCCUACCACUCGGGACCUCAGUACAAUGUAGAGGUUGACAUUGUCAUGAAUCCCGACACGCCCCUGAGGGAGGCUCACGAUGUCGCUCAGUCGCUGCAGGAUAAGCUCGAGGGAUUGCCGGAUGUGGAUCGGUGCUUUAUCCACAUUGACUAUGAGACGGAUCAUGCGCCGGAGCAUAGGAAGAAGGUGUAG